AUGCUCAGAGACCUAGAAGAUGUCUACAACAAAUGUCCAGGAGACAAGGAGCUUCUCAUAUUCAUUGAAAAACGAAAGAAAGCGAGCGAUGAGCAUCAAGAGGUAUAUACUAUCGUCAAAAGCCAACUCGAUAAGAGCUCAGACAGACUUUCCAAAACCGAAAGCGAGAUUGCGCUGGUCACUGAGAGGCUUACUCAGCUCGAGGCUGAAAGGGCUGAGGUCAUGAAGGAGAAGGAGGGAGUUGAUAAGGCGGCAAAACAACUGAUGGUUAUGUCGCGGUUCUUGGAACCUGGCUGGCAAGCUACUCUGGACAUGCUUGAGCAGGUUUCGGGGAUGACGCUCUGCGAACUGCCCUCUUUGCGGGGUUUUCAUUGUUGUGAGUGA